AUGUCCAGCCUAUGUUUUUGUUGUGCUUUGAGUGGAAAAAACAGUGAUUCAGAAUCUAGAUAAACUGCGACAAGAAAAGCCAYUUGGAGCUGAUCUGAAGCACAGAGAAGCUAAGCAAUCUCGAUGAAUCUUGCUGCAUAUGGCGGAGAUCCAUCGGGCAACCUUCUUUUUGUCAACUUUAACCAGGAUUGCUCUUCCCUAGCUGUAGGGGCAAAGACUGGUUAUAAACUAUAUUCUCUAGGAUCUGUAGAGAAAUUGGAGGAGAUCUAUGAAUAUGGAGAUACAGAGGACAUCUGCAUUGUUGAAAGGCUCUUUUCUAGUAGUUUGGUUGCCGUUGUCAGCUUGUCUGCUCCAAGAAAACUGAAAGUUUGUCACUUUAAGAAAGGAACUGAAAUAUGCAACUACAGUUAUCCCAACACAAUCUUAGCUGUGAGACUCAACAGAGUGAGGUUGUUGGUUGUUCUGGAGGAGAGUUUAUAUAUCCAUAAUAUUAGAGACAUGAAGGUUCUUCACACAAUAAGGGAUACACCGCCCAAUGCYACAGGUUUAAGUGCACUUUCAGUCAACUCUGACAACUGCUAUCUGGCAUAUCCUGGAAGCAAUCAGAUUGGAGAAGUUCAGAUCUUUGAUGCUGUUAACUUGCGUGCUGUUACUAUGAUACCAGCUCAUGAUAAUCCUGUGGCCGCCAUGGCUUUCAAUAACGCUGGAACUAAACUGGCCACAGCUUCAGAAAAGGGAACUGUUAUCAGAGUGUUUUCAAUCCCAGAUGGACUGAAAUUGCAUGAAUUUAGAAGAGGAGUAAAAAGGUGUGUUCAAAUCAACUCUCUAGCGUUUAGCCAUGACUCACUGUUCCUAUCUGCAUCCAGUAACACGGAAACUGUACAUAUCUUUAAACUCGAACUUCCUAAAGACAAGCCUUCAGAAGAAACAGCAGGAUGGAUGGGAUAUUUUGGUAAAGCUUUGUCUCCUAGCAACUAUCUACCCUCUCAGGUAACUGAAGUCUUCAAUCAAGGAAGGUCAUUCGCUAACGUUAGGCUACCAGUGGCAGGACUUAGAAACGUUUGCGCUAUUGCCACGAUAGGCAAGCUACCCCGUCUGUUAGUGGCUAGUGCGGAUGGCUAUCUGUAUAUCUACAACAUUGACCCUGAUGAGGGUGGAGAUUGCACCUUGUUGAAACAACACAGGUUAAUCGGACAUGAAGACGGUGACAAGACUCAUGAGGAAGAAACUGUCGCCUCAGAGGGUGCUACGUCACGUGACAGACAUGACUCUUCCUCAUCACAGAAAUCUGCCAUGGCAACGCCACUAUCGACCUCCCCAGGAAACCCACCAUUAGAAAACUCACCUCAAGCCGCUGCAAACCAAAGUGAACCUCAAAGGACUGGAAACUUGAAGUUGGAUGAUGAUUCAGAGUACCCGCCGCUGACCGUGCAUAAUGAUUAACGAAGGCGUCAGCGGUUUCUAUGAUUUGAUAAAGGAAACAUUGGAAGAUGAGUUUCUUGAUGAUGUGGAGUAAGCUAUUCAAAGCCAUUCCACGAAAGAGAAACACAGGAAUAAAAUGAACAGCAACGAAAAGAACUUGACAGUGCCUACUAUGCUAGCGGCUUUUUCCAGUUUUGUCCAUUUCUAAAAGCAUUAAUCUUCGUGCCAUUAAUGCAACGUUUUUAACGCCAUCCCAUAACAGUUUCCAUGGAAUAUUAUAAAUUAUAUUAAAAGUUUAUUAUUAAAUUUUCAUCCAUUAUUCGCCUAAUGAGUGUUACAUGAAGACAAAUUAUUUUCAUUCAUUUUUAAAUCUGUGUCAGUUAUACAUUGUCUAACAACAACAAGAAAUAAAAACCUCGCUGAUUGAUCAGACUCUAAACUUGCGUCUUGUGUCAGCCAUGACAGAAAGCAAAAUAAAGAGAAAAUGUUAAAUCCA